UGUUAUUUCAUGUCCAAGAAUUUCAAAUAUACUUACGAUUAAUAAACAAACGAGAAAAUUAAACGUUUUGAUAUUACAACGCGUUUAAAUUUUAGUCAAACAUCUUUUUUUCCUCGAUAAGUUCCCACCAUUUUUGCGGGUAGAACAGCUCUGGCUGUGUAGUUUUUUUUCUUGAUCUAAGUUUUUGGGGUUUAAUUCUUUCAGUUUAAAAUUUUCAAACAAUAAUCUAGACGGAAACACCUGAAACACUAUUAAACAACUUUAACAAUGGCACAUGACGUAUUUUUUUUUACUUGUAAUAAAUUUAAAUAGAAAAACGUAAAAGAUAAAAAUAGACAACAACAACAACUAAAAUAUGGAUAUUGUUUACAUUUGGCCUAGCACUUAUUGUGGGUAACCAGUUACGCCUGCGUACCUCGGCCCCUUCUCUUUUGUCCGACACCUUCUUUAGGCCAUUAUCAGAAACAUACAGAAGAAAUCUAAGUUUUCUCUCAGUAACACAAUUCAAAUCAAAUCAAAUCAAAACUUUAGAAGUGAAUAAUGGCCGUCACAAUCGAAAACGUUGAUUUGGAACUGAACGAAGACAAAGAUGAAGUCAUGCCGCCAGUCAGCGAAAAGGUGGCAGAAACUAAGAAGGAAAUGGGAAAUCACCUGUACAAGAUCAAACAGUAUGGCAAGGCCUUGAGUUACUACACAGAAGCAAUUAACCUUUGUCCUGAGAAUGCAGCCUACUAUGGAAACAGGUCGGCAUGUUAUAUGAUGCAAGGUCAUUAUAAUUUGGCUUUAUCUGAUGCACAUCAGGCAGUUGCCUUAGAUCCUAAAUUUGUUAAAGCUUGGAUUCGGAUUGCUAAAUGUAACCUAGCUAUUGGAGACACCGCAGCAACUGAAAAUGCUAUUGCAAAAGUUAAGGAACUUGAUGAAAAAAACACUUCGCUGGCAGUGGAUGUAAAAAAUUUAGAAAUGUUUAAACUUUACAGCAAUGAUGCUCACAAGGCUUACAACUCUAAAGACUUCAGAAAAGUAGUAUUCUGCCUGGAUAGAGCUUUAGAAAUUGGGGUUGCAUGCACAAGAUUUAAAGUUCUUAAAGCUGAGUGCUUAGCGCUGCUGGGGCGGCUUCAGGAGGCUCAAGAAUUGGUCAAUGACGUUCUCACCAAAGACAAACAAAAUGCAGAUGCAAUUCUUGUCCGAGGAAUGUGCUUUUAUUAUCUAGACAAUGUCAGUCGAGCAUUUGAUCAUUUCCAACGGGUUUUAAAAUUGGCUCCUGAUCAUACUAAAGCAAUGGAUAUUUAUAAGAAAGCAAAAGCUUUAAAGCAAAAGAAAGAAGAAGGAAAUGAAGCCUUCAAUGCUGGGAAAAACAAAGAAGCUUAUGAUCUAUACAGCGAAGCAUUGCUUAUAGACCCAAAUAACAACCUAACAAAUGCCAAACUAUAUUUCAAUAGAGCAACAGUGUCGUCAAAACUUGGGCGGUUGAAUGAAGCUAUAGCUGAUUGUACAGCAGCUCUUGCUCUUGACCCUGAUUAUUUAAAAGCCCUACUAAGAAGAGCUAAGUGCUACAUGGAUCUGCAACAGUUUGAAGAAGCCGUGCAGGAUUACAAAAAGGCAACAACAAUGGACAAAUCCAGAGCUACAAAACUUCUAUUGAAUGAGGCUGAAAUGGAAUUAAAAAAAUCUCAAAGAAAAGACUAUUAUAAAAUAUUGGGAGUUGAUAAAAAUGCCACAACAGAAGAUAUAAAGAAAGCAUAUAGGAAACGGGCACUUGUUCACCACCCUGAUCGUCAUGCAAAUGCAUCAGAAGGUGAAAAGAAAGAACAAGAAAAGAAAUUCAAAGAAGUUGGAGAAGCAUAUGGAAUCCUUUCAGAUCCUCAGAAAAGAACCAAAUACGAUAAUGGUAGCUUGGUUUAUGACGAUUGCUUUGGAGGAAUGUCAGGGGCUGCUGAUGUGUUUCAGAAUUUAUUCACCAAUGCAGGUCCUCAUAUAUUCACUCAUACCUUCCCCGGUGGUGAAGCUGCAUUUCAGGAACGGAUGUUCCAAAGUUUCUUCAAUACUGGUCCUCAUAUGUCCACUCAUGAAUUCCCUGGUGCCACAUUUACAUUCCAAACCUCAUAAACUGAAUUACCUAGUUACAUUGAAGUAUAGAAAGUUGUUUGUUUUUCUGUAAAUUAUACAUUGUUUAUUUGUUCCUAUAUUGAUUUCAUGGCAUCAGUUUGGUAAUAAAAAAAAAAUUAUGUUUGAAAAUACAAAAGUAUAAUAAUUUUCAAUUGUAAAUACAUCAAAACUGUAUAUAUGUGUGCGACUUAUUAUAAAGAUAUGUUUUUUGUUUGUUUUUCUAA